AUGUUCACUAUCAUUCGCCCGUUCAUCAUUGGUGUUCUACUCAUCUUCAGUACUCGUGCUUUGAAGUUAGCUGGUGGAGGGGCGGGUGGAGGUAAAGGUGGCGGCGCUGGCAAGAGUCCUGAGGCGAAGUGGCUUACAGCCUUGAAGGGUAUCAAGGCGGCUGGCGCCUUCAAGGAAGCUGGAGAAAGGCCCGCUGCGGAAAACAAGAAGUCCUGGGUGGAUCCUGCAGCAUCUAAGUGA